UACUGAAUCUAAUCUAGAUCUAGAUCUAGACGAUUAGAUCUAGAAUUAGUUAAAGUUAAAUAGAUCUACAUUGAAAAAUCGUUUGCUUGUUUUUCUUGACUUUCACAAAUUAAGUCAUUGAUCAAGUUAGUAAUUGUAGAAGUCACAAUGCCUGGAAACAUUUUAAACAACCUAUACCGGUUAAAUUUUCCUGAUUGCACCAGGGAGGCCCUCUCAUUCUUGACCUCGUUUAUAUCACAAGACUGUGCAACAAUACCUGGCCUUAGUGCAAACACAGAACAGAUCAUUGUUGAAAUUUGUCAGGAGUUUGUUUUAUUCAAGUCUGUGAGAGGUCCACAAAAACUGACUGCAGUACAAGAGCUACAUUUGUUAGAUAUGAUAUGCACAUGUUUCUCUGAAGCUCCAGAGAAAUGCAAAUACAGAAUGUUUAAUCUAAUGUUUGGGGCCCAUGGAGAUGGAACUGUUAACUUGCUCACAAAACUUGUCUCCCUUGCUCUGUCUGUUAGAUGCACACCUGUUUUACUAUGUGCAGCUAUAUGGAUGCAGGAGCGAGAUAGCCUUAGUCCAGAUGUUAAAGGCCUCACUCAGCGUCUAGUGAGUGACUAUUGCAUAUUGUUUCCAGAUCAUUCAAGUGUGUUUUCUACAUUGCCAUCAGUCUCACCUUUAUUUGCUUGCAACUUUGUUACAGCAGCAACAUCACUUUAUUCUUUUGCAGGUCCUGAUAGUUUACCUCCUCUGGCUCUACUUCAGCAUGUGAGUGAAUGGGUUUAUAAAGACAAUACAAUGUGCUGUGAGUCUCUACGACAAGCUGCUAUUCAUAGUGCAUAUACCACUCCAGUGCCUGGAUUAACAGGCUGGUGUGUUAGGGGACCACUUGUGUGUUGCCAAUUAAAAAAGAAGAGUUCCGAUGUACACAUCAGCCAAUCUCAUGUGGAUUCACUGUUGGCUUGUUUAGACAAACUGCAUCUAGCACUCCUCCAAAGCAUAGCAUUUACAGCUUACGUCAACCUGUCCCCUGGUCUGAUCAGUGCUAGUGAUUUAGCUCACAUAGCUCAAACACUGCAAGUUGUGGCUCGUCCAAACCCAAGCGUAGAAGAAGAAGCUGCUUGUACUAUAGCAUUGGAAAGACUCGCUCAAAUAUUGCAGGUUUCUGCCAACACAAGAACAUACAUAGCUGACAGAGGUAAAAUAAAAGAAAUGGAGUCUCUAGCCAAACACAAGCUUCCUUACAAUAGACUUCUCUCAAUGGUAUUAAAUAAUCAACUACUAGGGGUAUUAACUACUCAGCAGUAACAACAUGUUGAUGAAUGUUUGUAAAGAUUGCUCAAGGUAUUCACAAGUUGGACUCUGGCACCCAGCAUUCAACACUAAAUUAUGGCUGUGUCAAAAAAAAAAUUCAGUAAAAUUACAAACCAUAGCAGUUUUUCUAAACUGAAUGUCUAGCCAUUUUUAUUACUGGAAUUACUAAAUCUUGAGUACCACGCUUGAGGAAGAACACUGAGCUGGUGUAAGCGAAAUCAGGCCAGUUUUGUCUGACUUUUUAAAAAAUAAAACAAUUAGUGAGUUGUUUGAAGAUGGUAUCUUCUCAUACUCAGUGUUACUGAAAUUGUUUUAAAAAUGUAUUUAUUUACAUUUUUUUUUAAGAUGAUACUGAUAAGCAACUAAGCAGAUUUAAGAACACGUCUUUUAAUAUGGAAUAUAGAAAUUAUGGUUAUUGUUGAUAGCAACAAACCCUGGUUGCUGAAAUUACUCAGCAUUUAAUACAUUUUAUGAUAACUGUGUAUAAAGCAAUUUAAAGAAUGCUUUAGUUAAAUAAUGUAUCUGCCUCAUUGAUACAUCAGGAACACCAGUCUAUCCCUAGAUUAGAACCAAUUUAACUAUUUUUUUAAAUAACUGUUUAUAGUAUUUUAGGCAAUCAAAUUGUUAUACAUAAGUUUCUUGUAUUAAUAUUAUUGUUACACUGUUUCAUGUUAUAGAUAUUGUAUAUAUCAGUGCUGCCAGUCACAUAACUGUCUAUGAAGGGAUUAAAAAAACCUUAUGAACAAUUAUUUUUUUAGCAGAUAUUUUGCAUUUCUAGAGACUUUCUUGUAAAUUGUAAUAUUCAUGCGUUAAGUUUUUCACCUAAUGCUGACCCAGGUCAGUUCGUAGUUUACAAAGUUGUAGGCACCCUUUCAAAACAUGACGGCCCAUGAGAAAGGUGAAGUAGAGUUCACAUGUUUCAGUGUCCUCUGCAUAUGAAGGGAUAGUGUAUUCAACACUACGCCCAGCUGCCUUGGCUUUUCUGUCAGUCAGGUACCCAUCAGAGCUGAGUGGAGACUCUGGGACAUUUUUCUAACACAAACCUGGGAUUCAAACUCAAGACAUUAGAGUUAUCAGUUGUAUGCUCUACCAUCCAACCACACCAUUCCACUUACAAAGAUGUGGUUCCAAUAAAAAAGUGCAAUUUGAAGGGGGGGGUCUGUGUUUGUAACAAGAUUAUGACAUCAUUUAAGGUUGCCACUAUAGCCAUCAGUAUAUAAUUCUCAUAUUCACUCUUAACUUUUCAAGUUGAAUAUGUGAUCUUUGUUGAAUUAAUUGUAUGUAGUGUAGUUCAAUGUUUAUCAUGGGUAUCACAUUUUGAUAAAACUUAAUUUUCUUCUAAGUUUUUUAACAAAAUGAUUAAAUAGAAUAUUUAAAUAUUUUAUAAUAAGAAUAAAGCAAGUU